AUGAGCAACGGUACGGUGACGAACCGAUACCGCGAGAUUAUGCAACAACAACACCUCGACAAUUCAGAUGUUAGCUCUUUGGCGGGAAGCGAUGUGCAUGGCCUGCCAAAGAGGGCCGGUAGUCCCAUGGAAUCCCUCAUGUCUGGGCCGGAUGAUUCGCCUUCCAUCCAGGGCUCCUUCAUAUCUUCUCCUGGGAGCAGUGUACUCCCCUCCGUCGCCUCCCGCCCUGGCUUGAGCAGCCCUACGCCCUCGUUCCGCCCCUUCGAUCGUCGAUUCCAAUCCCGCAUCUCCUCCCCGGGCAUCCACACACCUCGAUCGGCCUCCCCGGCCUUCCUCGCUACACAUAGCCGCAAUGUGUCGCUCAGCUCGCAAUUCUUCCUCGACCAGGCCGAUACAGACACCCAGACGCCGCCAUGGGAGGUGGUCCGGUGGACACGCCUACGCAAGCUCAAUGGGCAGGCCUUUUCGGAGGUAGGGAAGCGCAACUUUGGGUCCCCGACCUGUUUGGCGGUGUCGGCGACAAUUGUGGUGGGAACCUCGAAGGGAAUAAUAUUAAUUUUCGACUAUAACCAAAAUCUCAAGAUGAUUAUUGGACCAGGAACAAAAGCUGUCGAAUGCGGUCCAAUCACUGCAGUUGCUAUAUCUGCCGAUCACUCAACAAUCGCCGGAGGACAUGCGAAUGGUUACAUCUUUACCUGGGACACGAACCGAGCGUCAAGACCGUUCUUAACGAUACCACACCUUGACCCUUCACAACUGAAGAAUAGGAUAUCCGACGGACAUGUUCCAGAUGUUGCAAUCACCCACCUUGGGUUCCUCGGAACUCGACACACUGCUUUGGUUUCGGCAGAUGACAAGGGAAUGGCAUUCUCUCACCUCGCCACCAGGGGUACUGGAGCACUGGGAAGAUCCGUCAAGACACACCGGAUUCUAGGUCGAUAUCCAGAUGCGCCAACACCUGCAGGCAAAACAGUCAAGCCUAGCACUGUCCUUGCCUUUGCUCCUUUGCCACUGGGGAAUGUUGAGCGGUCAACUGAUGGUCUCGGCUUGACGGCUAUGUUGACCCCGUAUCUUCUGGUGAUUGUGUCAACAACGCCUGUUGCCCAGACCCAGCACAAGUCUGCGCGACCAAAGGACGUACCCGCUCACAGCGCCAUGACCGGAUGUUUGGCAUGGUUCCCUGCUGUCCAGCUCAAGGUCCCGGACCCGCACACAGGGAGCGACAUCUCGAAGGUGAAGCUGGCGUAUUGCUGGUCAAAUGUUCUGACGGUGUUGGACGUCGACGAGAUUCCUCGCGAUGAUAAAGAUCAGCCGCCUUCGUUCAGGUUUAAGGCCCGAAACAGAUGGAAAUGCGAGGAAGCCAUUGUUGCUGUUCAGUGGCUGAGUCGCUCGGUCCUCGCCGUUCUAACCAUUUCCCAGAGACUGAUUGUCCUCGAGGACAGAACUAUGCGCAUGACGGAGGCUUUCGAUCUCUUGCAAAAGUACAUAUACCAUACCGACUUAUUUUCGAAGCAACUACACUCCCUCGUGGAACAAUUGGACGAGAAUGAUGCGUCCAUGCACGGAGUGGUUGCGGAUGCUUUUUACAUGAGCUUCAAGGCCUACAAGGGGAGAAUAUUCAUUCUGGGCUUCAAUGAGGUUUCCAUCGGCGCACUGUCAAACUGGGCAGACAGGUUGAUUGCAAUGAUGGAAAAUGGCGACUACAUAGGAGCCAUCCAGCUGGCAACUUCUUAUUACACGGGAGAUGCCGACAAGCUCACAGUCGGAUUACCGGAAGACACAAACCUCCGACACACGAUGGUUCGAGACAAAAUUAUGGAAAUCAUCAGCGCUUCACUGAAGUACGCCUUUGGACAACGCGAAAAGAACCAGGAAAAUGCCGACGAUGAUCACAUGAAGCAGCUGGCAGAGACAUGCUUCGGGGCAUGCCUGAGUAUCGACAACACCGAUUUCCUAUUUGAGGACAUGUAUGAAUGGUACGACGAUGCUGACAUCAGUGGGAUUUUCCUCGAGUGCCUCGAACCCUACAUUCUAGAGAGGACUGUUUCCAUAGUGCCUCCCACCGUUGUCAAAGACAUGGUUGCACACUAUGUGGCUCGAGGAUGGGAGAGCCGACUCGAGGAGAUGAUCUGCCAUAUGGAGACUGCGACGCUUGAUCUGGAUCAGAUUACUCUGCUAUGCAAGCAGCACAGUCUAUACGACGCGCUCAUCUACGUCUGGAACCAGGCCUUAAACGACUACAUCACCCCCAUGAUCGACUUGCUCUCCCUCCUGAUUCCCCUGAUGGCAAAUGGGGACUUUGUGGCUGGUAACAUGGCGGACGACUUUUACAGCAUCAGCGCUCUCAAGAUCUUCCCCUAUCUGUCCUACACCCUGACUGGAAGAAUUUAUCCGAAUGGAGAGAUAUUGGACGACGACGUGGCAAUCAAAGCCAAAGCCGAGAUCUACUGGUUCCUAUUCUCAGGGAAAACCAUCGCUUGGCCCAAAGAUAGCGGCGAUGAGUUCCUCAUCAUGCCUGGCGCCGAGACUCAGCCUGCAUUCCCAUAUCUGCGCCUGAUUCUCAAGUUCGAUGCGCCUAGCUUCCUAAGCGCCUUGAACGAGGCCUUUGAGGAUCCAUUCCUGAACGACUCCCCUGACCAGCAACACGUUAAUGGUGGAGCCAGAGGCGAGUUGCCCGAAGAGCAGAUAUUUGGGCUCACCAUCAACCGCCAGUACAUCCUGUCAAUCCUGCUUGAUGUCAUGAACACCAAUGAAUUUGCCGCCGAGGAUACCAUUUACCUCGACAUGUUCAUUGCGCGAAAUCUGCCAAAGUUCCCCCAGUAUCUUCUCUUCUCGGGUACGACACUGUCCAAGGUUCUUACUGGGCUUUGUAACUACCCCGGUGUUGAUCUUGCAGAGGAUGCACAGCUCAGUGCCGAGUAUCUCCUGUCUGUUUAUCAACCUUCCGACAUGCCUGCGUUGAUGCCUCUGUUCAAGAGUGCAGGUUUCUAUCGCAUCUUGAAGCGCAUUUACAAGGCUGAUAAACAAUAUGGAAACCUGGUGCAGUCUUACUUUGAAGACCCAGAAGACCAGGAGAUGGUGUUCGAAUGCAUCGCCAAUUGUUUACGCCCACAUACUGAACUGAGCAAUCGCCAGCUUCACGAUGUUUUGGGCGUCGUCAGAGAACAUGCUCGCGAUUUGCUUGAGCUCGACGCCGAGCAGGCAGCUCACAUUUUCGGCACACAGGAUAAGGCGCUGCACCAGCAUAUUCUCGACUCGGCGGAGGAUGCGCCAGAUUUGCAGCACGCAUACCUAAAGACAUUACUGGAGCCGAAGGAAGCCUCGCACGAGGACAAUCCCGUGUCUGAGAGGGACCUGGUCGAGCGCUACGUUCAGUUGAUGUGCAAGUUUGAGCCGGCACACGUUUCUGACUACGUUGGUUUGGUCCAGUCUGUUGAUCUGAGACUUGAGAAACUCAUCCCUACGAUGGAGGAGACAGGAGUCAUUGAUGCAGCAGUCGUCCUGAUGGCUCGCGAGGGUCAAAUCAAAGAUGCAAUGGACCGCCUCGUCAAGCAUCUUGGCACUUUGGAGUCGGCCAUGCAAGGUCUCCUAGCGGGGGCGGAGGAACAAGACCACGCAUUGGAUUUGCAAUUUGCGGCGGAGGAUUUACUCCAGGCCCUUCAGAAGUACGUCCAUGUCGGCAUAUGGCUCUGCCAGGGACAAACGAAGUCAUCCAAGAGGACAAAUGUCGUGCAGAAGAAGCAAAAGUCUGCCGCCGAGGUAUUGUCGCCCGAUGAAGCGCUCUGGCUGAGCUUGAUAGAGGCUUGUGUUCGGAUCACGCGAAAGCUCUCACCGGAAAUUAUCUCUGCAAUCGAUCACGCCAACAAUGCGGAGGACUUGGAUGAGGAGAAGCUCCUUGCUCUCCUGCGCUCCCUGGUUCAGCACACUUUCACAGCGCUGCUAACGGCAACAUCCAGCCAAAUGUCAGGGCAGGCGGGAGGGCGUCUUCUGACAAAUGCUGGGGCAAACUUGUCAUUCCUCCGCGUGUUGCGGGCGUUCCUAACACAGGCCGCUGCAUCCUCGCCCAACCUGGCGGAUCUCAGAGGAGUGUUGGCCUCGAUCUUCUCAGCAUAUGCGUAUGAAGAGUCGAUCUUGCGGUUGUCGAACAGGUUGCUAGAACGCAGCCUCUUUGUCAAUGUCAAGCAGUCAGUUGAGCUCCGGCAACGAGGAUGGCGUCCCCGAGGAUCAACGUGCGAGGCAUGCAGUCGUCGGGUCUGGGGUCCGGGCGUGGCUGGCGGAUCAGUAUUUGAGGCAUGGGAAGACAAGCAGCUCCUUGAGGACAAGAGAAGGAAAGAAAGAAAGGCUGAUAAUGCGGAGCGUGCCAAGGGGAGUGAUGGAGAAUCGGACAUGAGAGCCAAAGGGAAGGGGGUGGACAUGCGACCUUCGAGCAUGCUGAUUGAGCCAACCGGUGGCACAAACGGCAACGGCAACGGCAGCGACAAACCACUUGGGCCGCUGGUCGUACUAGCGUGUCGACACAUUUAUCACCAGAGCUGUCUGGAUGCACUGCAGGAGCGCCAGGAGAACGGAGUAACCGGGCGAGAGCGAGAUUAUAGAUGCCCUAUUGAUGGGUGA